AUAGAUGCACCGCUAAAGUUGAACGGAGAAAUUGAAGAUAAAAGGCGAGCAUUUCGAAGCUCAACAACAACAAGAAGUUACAGUAAUUCGUUAACAACUUCGCCAUUUGCAUUUCUUUCUCCUCUAUAACUGCAAUAACUUGCUAACACUACACUCAUUUUCUCUGCAACUUCCGAUUCGUUCCAUGGAUUCCUCCGCAGCAAUUCGAUCUUCUCACUGCUUUAUGUCCCAUAUGCAAUCCUCACUUCAGAAAUCAGGUGUAAUUCCCUUCCAAAAUGUUGGAUGGAACUUUCAAAGUAGGCCUUUUGGCCAGAGCAUGACAAUUAGUCAUAAGCACAUCGAUUCUCACAACAAAUGGAAGCAAACACUAGUGUCAUGUGCAAAAACAACAGAAGCUAUUGACACUACCAAUUCUGAGGCUUCUUUGGGGAAAAAACCUUUGCAAACAGCUACAUUUCCUAAUGGAUUUGAGGCAUUACUAUUAGAUGUAUGCGAUGAGACUCAAAUUGCUGAACUGAAAUUAAAGGUUGGAGAGUUUGAGAUGCAUAUGAAGCGAAACAUUGGAGAAGCAAACUCCCCUAUUUCCAACAUUUCACCAGCUACAACACCACCGCCUAUUCCAACUAAGCCUAUGGUUGAUUCUGUGCCUUCAACCCCAACCCUGUCAUCGCCAAAUUCAUCUCCAGCAAAGACCAAUGCAUUUGUAAAUGACUCCCAUGAUAAGUCAUUAAAGUUGGCUGAGUUGGAGGCUUCUGGUAUAAAAAAUUAUGUCUUGGUAGCAUCUCCUACGGUUGGUUCCUUUCAAAGAGGUAGAACUGUGAAAGGAAAGAAGCAACCUCCUAUUUGUAAAGAGGGUGAUAUAAUCAAACAGGGACAAGUUAUAGGGUAUUUGGAUCAAAUUGGCACUUCACUUCCUGUUAAGUCAGAUGUGGCUGGGCAAGUGGUGAAGCUACUCCUUCAGGAUGGAGAGGCUGUUGGUUAUGGAGACCCUCUUAUUGCUGUCUUACCAUCAUUCAACUAAAUCAAGUGAGCCAGCCUUUCCUAUUGUUGAUGAUUAGUUAUGCGCCAUUAAUUUGUCUGGGAGCUGGGUUGUGAAUUCAGUUGACAGAAUGACUGCCCAUUUAUUCUUUGUAUUCUGCAGCAAAUAGCAGCAAAAUUUUCUAACAAUAGAUUCAGAAUAUUUGAUCAUUGCAAUUAUAUUGUGCUAAAUUGGCAUUUGACCAUUACGGACAUAUUUGGUAUACUCUUUUAUAUUUUUGACAGUAGUUGCAUAUGUUAUACUGUAUUGACUGUUUGAAGUUUCGCUAUUAUAUAUAAGAGGACGUAGGAAAGGCAAAACCACACUAGUUGCUAAUUUGUCUUCUUGCUUGAGUCCUUUUGUGCCCA